CGAAGCUUUGAUUGAGGAUCUAUAGCUGCAGUUCAGGUUCAUGUUCUGAUCAAGUUGAGCACUUCUUCUUAGCAGACGACUCUUAUAGCCUACCUUCAUCAGAAUGCCACCAAAACAGAAAGGAAAGGAGAAGAAGAAAAAGAAACAGAAGAAUGAAGGUAAUGAGCUGGAGGAGAAGUACAGGAGGAGUGUUCUGGACGUGGCUGUGCUUCAAGAGCAUCUUGCUUUGAGGACCGACAUGGCUCUGCAGGCCCGGUCCUCCAGGGAAGACCUGCGAAGACAGCUGAGAGAGCUGGAGAGGGAGAUGUCACAGGAGAGGAGCGACAAGAAGGAUAUCACAGCCGAUCUUAACCGGCGGCACAAGGCGAUGCAGAGUGACAUGGAGAGCAGACUGAGUCGACUGGAGAUCAACACUGUGUCUCUGCAGCAGCAACUGGCCCAGUGUCAGGAGGAACUGAGAGCGGAGAGGGAAGCUCACGCGCUGCUGAGAGAAGAGAAAGACUCCCUCAUCAGCGACCUGCAGCACAAGCUGCACAGCAUGGAGACAGAGCACGACAAAAUACUGCAUGGCAGUCUGGACAGCCUGCUGACUUACCUGUCGGAGGCACGGGACGCCUGGGAGGAGGAGAGCACCCAAAUCCAUCAGCAGUUCAAGACCAUCCUCAAGGAUAUGGGCUUAAAUCCCCUGCAGAUAUGACGACCGCAGCGCUGGAUGCAUCGACCAUAUACACACAUGCCUUUUAAACGCCCUUAAUUUCAUUUGAGAUGAACAUUUCAAUAGAAUGUUUUUCGGGUCAUCAAUGACAUAGGGUUGAAUCCCCUUCAGAUAUGACUUGACAGUGCUGGAUGCAUCAACCAUAUAACCAUGCAUUUUAACCCAUUGAUGCCUGAAGCACCUGCAGAAAAGGGUGCUAAAUACCUAAGCCAUUUUUGGGAAAAAGUACUGUCAGCCUACACUGUUGAGUAUAGGGACCAUACAAACAUGCCAUUUAAAUUCCUUAGCCAAACAUUUUCAUUGGGCAAGAAAAUUACAGUAUGAUGUUGUUCAAGACUAUCCUCAUGGACACGGGGUUGAAUCCCCUUCAGAUAUGGUUACCGUAUUUCCAACUUCCGACUACCUAAGUAUCCCACUCGAGUAUCACAUCAGCCACGACUGCUUUAUUUUUUCCCUCCCUGACUAUUACCUGUGUUACACGUGUCUUGAAAUGUUCAUGUCCAUGUGGGCAUUAUGUGUAUCUAGCUACUUGACACCUUAAUUUCCCCCCGGGAUCAAUAAAAUUACUCUAAUCUACUCUAUCGGCACACAAGCCUACACUCAUUUAAUUUAAUUUCAUUAUGAUAGAUAUUGGCAGCUAAA